AGAGAUAUGUGCAAGUGUAAUGUUAUUGGUGGUAAAGCCAAUAGUGGCUAUGAUGUUCCUGUUGUUACGCAUAAAAUGAGUUUGAAAUGAUAAAGAUGUCCUAUCUGUCAUGGAAUAUACAAACUGGGUAAUUACAACAGAUGACAAGGAUGAUCAAGUUGCUAAAGGUUGCGAAGCUUUUAAAGUCAUGAAAGAAUUCUCUCAGCAAACAGACGUCUUUAUCAUUGCUAAUAAUAAGGUUGAUUGUUGGUUAGUGAAUGACAAUACUGGUGAGAAAGUACAAAUCACACAUCAUGAUGCUGAACAAGGAAUUAUAAUAUGCGAAGGAGAUGAAAUAUCUUUUAAAGCUGCACUAAGAAAUUUGGAAAGAAAUGAUACUAUGAUCUACAUUUGAUGUCUUAACGAACUAAAGUUACUUAAUUACAAUCAGACGUAGAUUUUGAUUUUAAAA